GAAACAAGAACUGACCGCUGGGUUUGGUUCUGGUCUUUUCAGAGGAAUCUCGGCAGUUGGUUUGAUAUUGACUCUUCAAAGGUCUGAACAUCCUCAAGAAAGUUUGGAUUUGCUUUGGCCUCCCUCGUUCUUGUGAGCUAAGUAUGAGGCUUGGAUUCCACCUGCUGUGGCUCGUGCUCAGCCUUGGAUGUUCCCGCUCCCAGAAGACAACAAGCCCCAGGACGGCAGCGACAGUCAAUUGUUCCGACUGCGAUGCCAAUGCUUCGUGCGAGGAACGCGGAGGCCUGCGCCGAUGUGUCUGCCGAGAAGGAUUCGCCGGAGACGGUGCCACUUGCUCGGACCUGGACGAGUGUUCCCGCCCUGACUUGAAUCAUUGCCACGCUUUAGCGAUCUGUACUAACAACCAGGGCAACUACUCCUGUUCUUGCCCCGAGGGCUACCGAGGCGAUGGCCACCGCUGUGAAGCUACCACUGGCUUUGCUGAGGACUGUGUGGGAAUCAAUGGCUCCCGUCGUUGCGUUGAUCCAUGUCUGAGCCACACGGUUCUGGAACAAUCGUGGCGAAGCGUGUCCUAUGGGUCGGGAUCCAACUGUGACAGUGAUAAGAUUGGGUGGUAUCGGUUUGUAGGCCGCGGGGGAACGCGUAUGCCCGAAGCCUGUGUCCCAGUACGGAGGUGCAACACUAUGGCGCCCAUGUGGCUCAAUGGCUCACAUCCCACCAGUGAUAUGGGAAUAGUAAACCAUGCUGCCUGUGCCCACUGGGAGGGAGCCUGCUGCCACUGGUCCAUCCCUGUCCAGGUGAAAGCUUGUGUUGGUGGCUAUUAUGUCUACAAACUGGACGGGACACCAACCUGUACCUUGUCCUAUUGCACAGAUCCCAAGGACAUUGACAACCCGUGUCCCCAAUGCGACGCAGAGGAAGAGUGCCGGCUGGUGAACGGGGAAUGGGGUUGCUACUGCAGUUCAGGAUCCCACGUCUCUAAUAUUUCCAGCUUGGAACCACAACUGGAAUGUGGUGCGAAUGAAAUCAAAGUCUCUUUGGAAAAAUGUCUCCUGAAUCAAAUGGGGAUCAAUAAUCCCGUGGUGUACUUGAGGGACUACAAGUGUGCUGGCUUCGAAGAAAAGCAAAACCGGAGCCUGAUCUCGGUGGUGACGCCCACGCGGAGCGGCCAGUGCGGAACGCGGCUGGAAAAAAAUGAAACCCACGCUACAUAUAGUAACACACUCUAUCUGGCAGAUGGGACUGUCACCAGGGAGGACGAAAUCAAAAUUAAUUUUCACUGCUCGUACCCGCUGGAUAUGGAAAUCAGCCUUGAAACUGCCAUCCAGCCCAUUGUCAGUUCAGUCAACAUCAGCACUGGGGCAGCCGGGGUGUUUGUGGUGAAGAUGGCCCUGUACAGAGAUCAGAAUUACACUUCGGCCUAUGAGGGAUCCAAGGCCAUGUUGUCAGCAGAGGAGUGGCUGUAUGUUGGCGUCAUGAUCGCGGAAGGAGACACGUCUCAGUUCGUCCUGCAGAUGGAUAAUUGUUUUGCCACGCCGACAGAAAAUGCCACGGACCCCUUGAAAUAUUACAUCAUUCAAAACAGAUGCCCAAACACACAGGAUUCAACCAUAAAAGUCCCAGAAAAUGGAGUUGGGCCUCAAGGACAGUUUUCUCUCCAAGUAUUCAAGUUUGUUGGGAAUCAUGACCUUGUUUACCUCCAUUGUGAGAUCCGCCUCUGCGACACCAGCACGGAAGUCUGCAAACAAAGUUGCUCCAAAAUUGGAAGCCGCCGGGCUGCUGACGUGAGGGCUGCCUCUUAUGCCUUGACACUGGGUCCUCUCUUCCAAAAAGGCUUCCCAUCCUUGGCCGGUUCUGCUGCUGCAUCUUACGGUUCACGCGGAGCAUGGGUUACUGUGCUGAUGCCUGCCAUCAUGGGCUUCUCCCUGCAUGCCUUUCCCUAGAAGAAAGCCAGGACGGCUCACAAGUGGAUCACGCAAACGUGGCGCAGAACAAUGUGCUACCUCCUUUUUUCUGUUGGUGGGAGAAUCUGGGUUGAUAUGCUUCUCUUAAAUUUAUUCAUUCUUCUGUGUCAGUUCAGGCUCACACAGGCAAAUCCUUGGAAACACUUUGUUGAUCCUUCUUACCAAGUUGAAAAGGAAGCUACUUCUGACUAAAUCCCGCCAGAACACUAGAAUAUCAAAGCCACCACCCCACGGGCCCCCUUCUACACUACAUUCAAUUCCCAGACAUAGCAAGCAACAAAUCAUGGUUCCCUCCCAAACCAGAUGCCCCUUGUCAGUAGGGCCAUUCCUUUACUCCAAUUAGCAGGCAUGGUGUGAACGGUUCAGCUUGUUGGGAAUUGCUGAGAGGAGCACAACCUGACACUGUGUGAUCUAGUCUUCCUGCUUGUUUCCCUCGUAGGGGCAGCUAGAAACCAAAGGAUGUUCCAGGUGCAAAAUAUCAUUUCACUGUGUUCAGGGAAGAUAAUAAGGCUAUCACUGCCAGCUAGUUAUGAUGCUCCUAUGUCACCUCUUGUGUCAGAAGCUGUUAGUCCCAACGGGAAUAGCUCUCUUGAAUCAGUGGCAUUCAUCUAAGUGUACCUUAGCCACUCUCAAUUGUUUCAUGGGGUUUGCUCUGCUACAGAGUAACAGCUGCAUUCAGGUCAGAGGCAGGGCCGGCCCUAGGUAAUUUUCAAGUGUAAGCAAACAGUAUUUUGGCGCUCCCUCUCCCCAAACCAAUCACUGAAAAAUAAAGGUAGAAGGUAGAGGUGACUGGAAUAGAUCCCCCCACAUCCCAGUUCAGUGCCGAGGCCUGGCCGUCGCCACUUGGCUCAGAGCACUCAGCCAGGAAGGGAAGGGAAGGAAGCGCCGCUGACGGAAUGACGGACAGCCAGGUGCUGCCAGUCAUUCAGGCAGCUCUCCCCGCUUCCCUUCCAGGCUGAGGCCGAGCGCCUUGAGCUGAGCGCCGAGGGCCAGGCCUCAGUGCCGAACCGGGAUGCGGAGAGGCACCCUCGCAAACCUCCCUGGCGCUCCUGGCCCCGGGGCCUCAACGGCGCCCCUCGUGGACUUGGCGCCGCCCGCAGCUGCUUACCCGGCUUAGAGCUUGAGCCGCCCCUGGUCAGAGGCAGGAUGUGCCAACAGGAGGGAACCUUUGCACUCAAGCCAUUCUUUAGGAGGAGGUCAGUCUGGGAACAAAAUGCUGCUCCUAGAAGCCCGUUCUUGUCAGGAUGGCGGAGAGCUGCCUGAUUUAUAGUUCUCUCCUUCCUCGAUCACAGCCUCCCUACACUUUGCACCAGACAGAUUGUGUCACGGGAAAGCUAGAAAAAAAUCAAUCUAUACAUAUCAGAGUCCUUAUCGGUUGUCGACAGAGUUUUUACUGCACAGCCUGACCUUGUGUCACUCACUGUUUAAGAAAACUCUUUGACUCAGUUUUCAUCCAUAAUCACAGUGGGGGCUUUUUAAUCCUGACAAGUUGCUAUGUACACACAUUAGGAUCCCCUGAUCCCCUAUCAGUCAAUGGCAGACUCAGAGAUAUACUUACGGCAGUAAUAGAUAUCAGCGACAGAUGUACGAUGAGAAACAAGAGAAUCAUGGCAAGCGAAAGAACACAUGCUCGCUGCCCUCUUCUAUACCCAUUGCUAAUUAUUAUUAUUAUUAUUAUUAUUAUUAUUAUUAUUAUUAUUACAACAACAACAACUCUGGACUCAGGGCGGCUGACACGGGGCCAAGCCCAAACAAUUACAAUAAAACAAAAUAAAAUACAUGCAAAACACACGACAACAUCCAAUAAAAUGCUUAUACUAAAACAAGGUAUAAAACAGUAUAAAAUAUUAAAUGAGGCCAUCUGGGCCAAAGUGCAAGGUAUUAAAAUUGUAAAACCCAUGGGUGAGGUAGGUGGUUAGUGUUGCAUGAAGUGGGAAAUCGGGUGGGAUAAACAAUGUCAUUAUUUUCGACGGAGGGGUAAAAUAAAGUGCUUCAGGAAAACAGCUUGACACUGGAACGGAACCUGGCGUAGGAAUUGAUUAUUCAAUUCCUACGUCAGGUUUAUUAUUGCUUCUCGUCAUCAGACAGGGAUAAAAAUGACUGAUGCAACCCCCGCCAUGACAGUCACCUGGCCGUGGCCCAGCUUCUGUUGCCCAUCCCUCCCGUUCCACAUCACCACCUGCUUCGCCCUUCAGGACGUCUAUGACCAUUCGUCCAUUAGAACUGUAUUUUCAACCAGUUUCACACAAAAGGAUUACAGCCAAUGCAUUCCUACCUAACAAUGAGUUAUCUACCUAACAGUUCUGGCCUGGCUUUCUUAAGUCCUUAACUUUAGAAGACAUGCCUUUGAAUGACACAUAUAUUUGAUAAACCGUUUGAAACCAAAUAAGACAAUCAUCUGCACGCAUCUGAUCAUUGAUAGCCACACGUUCAUGCUAUACAUUUAUUCCAGCAGCUAAAGAAAAUAAAAGGUUAUUCAUGCAAA